UUCUUGUAAUAUACUGUUAAUGCAUUCCGUUUCUGAACGAGAAAGAAUAAAGAGAAAGAAAACCUACUUCUUCAUGGAUGAAUACAAUACCAAGCUUGAUUAUUAAGAAAAGUUUCUCCAAAUAAAUUAAAGAAAAGCAUGAUAGAUAGAGAUCUAUACUGUUGGUGUAAGCUUUCAUCCUCAGUAUUUGUAUAACACCAUAUAUAUAUAUAUAUAUGUAAUCUGUGUGGCUGCUGCUGGGGGGGUCAUAUAUACAUGGAGGAGCCUUCCAUGAACAGAGAAGUACCGAUUGGAAAUGAAGCCCAUCGAGGGAGCUCUAACGGUAGCUGCCGCAAUGAGCUGAUCAGCAUUAAUGUAAUCAAUCCAGAUGCGAGUGCUUCACAUUCAUGCAGUCGCAAUGAUGACGAGCUGCUAAGAUCAAUGGUUAAUGGUGCUGAUCGGAAGUUCAAAAAUAAGAAGCGGCAGAAGCCCAAGAUACAGAAGGUUCCUCUGAUGCUUCGUGAGAUUGAAUCUAACAAAAAGUGUUAUGAUCCCCUGGUGGUUUCGAUUGGUCCCUACCACCAUGGGAAACCAGAGCUCGCGCCUACGGAGGAGUUGAAGAUUUUAUUGGCAAACCAAUUUGCCGAUAAAAGUAAAGCAACUAUCAGUGAUUUAUACAGAAAAGUUGCAGAGAUGGUAAAUGAAGACAGGAAUUGCUAUGCUGAGGGCUCAACAGACGGCUUUGAUGAUGAAGCGUUUGCCCUGAUGAUGUUUCUUGAUGGCUGCUUUAUUCUCCAAUUCAUUUACUGCAUUGUAUACGGCCAGUCCAAAGAUUUAAUGAUGAAGAGUCACGACAUAGCUUUCGUGCGCCGUGACUUUUUCUUGUUUGAGAAUCAGCUUCCUUUUGCAGUCCUGAAGCUAUUGAUGAGCAUGAGGUUUGAAACAGUUGAAGGGGAAGAAAUGAUCAACAGGUUCAUCUGGCGCUCUAGGCCGGAGCAUCCUCAUGAAUCUAGGGCGGCACAAGGCAGUCUGGAGGCAAAAGAGAAGAUACGACCAGAGCAACAGCCUUCUCAUCUGCUUGAACUUGUUCGGACACAACACAUAGAUGUUGGUGCUUUUAACCAAGGAGGGUGUUAUCUGAAGGGUGAGUGGUGGUCCUAUCGGUCAGCCAUGGAGCUCAAGCAGGUGGGAAUCUACUGUAGGCCUAGCAACACGCGCCGUUUUUCAGACAUCACAUUCAAGCCCAACCGUGGCUUCUCUGCUCGACUCAUGCUUCCUUCAGUAACCAUCGAUGACUCAUCAAAGUCUCUCUUUUUAAACUUAGUAGCCUACGAAGCCUGCCCGGAUACUCCUGAUGACUUUGGAGUCACCUCUUAUAUAUGUUUCAUGGAUUCAUUGAUUGAUCACGCUGAAGACGUGAAGGAGCUCCGUUCAAAGGGCAUACUCCUCAACUUCCUCGGCAGCGACCAGCAAGUAGCAGACCUGUUCAAUGAGAUAGCCACCAAUUUGGUGCCGAACCCUCAUGGAUUUGUGGGGGCUAAGCAAAGCAUUGAGGACCAUUACAAGAGCAAUAUAAAAGUGUGGAUGGCUGAAUGGCGACAUAUGCAUUUUAGUACUCCAUGGACAAUAAUAGCCUUUGUUGUAGCUAUAAUUGUCAUUAACUUGGGUGUCCUUCAGACCAUCUUAGCUGCCUUUCAGACUUACCUCACAGCCUAUCCACCUAAAAAAUGAAGCAACCUUACCUUAUGUUGUUGUACUAGUUGGAGCCAUAUUAAUUUUACCCAUCAUUAUGUAUGAUGAGUCAAUUAUUUGUAAUGAACAUGAACUAUAUUGUCUUACAGGUUCGUAUUCAAUCCAUGUUUUAUACCAGUGCUUGAGCUGUGAAAUAGAAUUUAUUGUAACAUUUUUAUAGUCAAUACCAAUGACUAUCUAAAUUUAUGGUUGGCUAGAAUUGG